AGGCAUUUUUUCGAAUACGAAUAUCAGAUAUUUAUCCGCUACCAAUUUCCAUCCCUAAGCACAGCAAACACUCGAUCAACCCCCCACUCCCGGCGUACCAAAAGCAACGACGUCUACAAGGCCACACGAACACCAGAUGGCCUGCGCCUUCUUCUUCGACGCCGAGCCGGUCGGCGAGCCCGGCGUGCACGCGCUGGACGCGUGCGCGCUCUGCGCCAAGCCGCUGGCACGGGACUGCGACAUCUUCAUGUACAGAGGGGACACGCCCUUCUGCAGCGAGGAGUGCCGCCACGAGCAGAUGCACCUCGACUCCGGCUGCGCCAGGCAGGCGGCCAGGGCGGCCGCCCGGAGGCAGAAGCAGUUCUCUUCGGGAACGGAGUCCGGGCGUGCGCGCCGGGAGUCCUGGGAGGUGUCCGUCGCGAGCUAACCGGCAAACAAGAUCUGCGUGCACGAAGACGGCGUCGCCCGUGGCCAACAGAUCAGCGCGGGAUCGAGGAGACUCUCCUUGGUUGAAGGAGGAAGCAAGACGCGGGUCAUCGGGGUUGCUCACGGCAGGCCGGUGCUGCAUGGGCAUCAAUGUGCAGUGGAAAAGGAGCUGAACUGGAUCUGAAGUCAAUCAAACAUGAUACUCCACGGCCAUAGCCGGCCAGGCCAUGUGUGCCCCUCGGGCCUCGGCUCUCCUUUCUUUCAGCGUUAAUGUCAGUUCUGUAUGAGAGCGAAUUUGCAAGAGGUAAA